AUGAGUCAUUCUGCUCAUGACAACAAAAAAGCCAUUGACGCGUCGGUGGGUGGGUUGGUUUGGGUCCGAAGGCAAAAUGGUUAUUGGUGGCCAGGUCGGAUUCUCAGGCCAGAUGAAUUGCCUGAGGCCAUAUUGUCUGUGCCAAGAGCAGGGACACCUAUACAGCUCCUUGGGAGAGAAGACACAUGUUUGAACUGGUAUAAUCUCGAGACAUCAAAAAGAAUUAAAGCUUUUCGUUGUGGUGAGUACGAUUCAUACAUUCAGAAAGCUGAGGCAUCCGCAUCUAUUUCAUCAAAGAAGACAGGGGGGAGAUAUGCCCGCAGAGCUGAUGCCAUAAUUCAUGCACUAGAGAUUGAAUGUGCUUGUGAAUAUCUUGACAAAGAUUGCAGUAGUUCAGAAGAUUAUUUGGAUGCAGCAGAGGAACAGUCGGCAUCCAUAGCAACAAUUGGAAAGCCGCAUCAUGUGGUUCCCUCUUCAGGUAUGAUUUGGUUGAAUUUAUACAAUAAGGUAUAA